UGCUCCUCCACUCUCGACGCCGCCGCCCCGCUACCAUGGUGAAGGACAAGACGGCGGCGCUGGAACGCGCGAAGAAGGCGACGGGGGCGGCGAAAGGCAAGAAGAUGAAUCGAGGGUCAUCGUCGAGGUCUGCGCUGUCGCCGGGUUGGACCCAGGGCGAUUGGAUCCGAUCUUCGCUCCGGCCGGAGGAUUUGGAGGAGCUGGCUGACUCCGGUCUGAUUGUCAACGGAGCUGCGAGGCUGCCGAAGGGGGAAACGGAGCCUCAGCCGCGGCCGGGUGAGUGCGUUCUGCUCGCCACCCAUGUCGACCGCGGUUUCUUCCUUCCUCCACAACCUUUUUUCAGGGGUUUCUUGAACUUUUUCAGAGCUCAGCUCCAUCACUUCUCUCCCAACACCAUUAUGUACCUCGCCGCUUUUGUGUCCAUGUGUGAAAAUUUCUUGGGUUGUUGUCCGCACUGGGGUCUUUUCAAGCACAUCUUCACAAUCCGCUCCCAGUCGGUGUAGAAAGCGAAUUCGAGUGACGAGAGGACGCACGUGAUCCAAAUGUGCGGGGGUUUGGGGAUCUAGAAGAGGAAAAGGAGCGCUUUCCCUUCCAUGACACUUCCUGAGUCGGUCAGGGGCUGGCAGUCGACCUGGUUCUACUGCCAGGAUAUUGCGACUCCCGGUCAGUCGACCGGUCUUCCCCCUUUCUCUUUAGAUCACGCCCAACAACCUUCUUUGUUGAAAGUGACCGCUGCGGAGAAGGUGGAGACAAACAUGUUGGUCGAGAGAGUGGUCCUAACCGGCAUGGACUUGUUGGAGGUGUUUCUCAAUCGAUGCAUCCAGCCGCUCCAGGCUCGUGACCACUCGAUGUGGAUGUACUAUGGAGCCAACGACACCGCUCGAGUUCAUCCAGAGGAGGUUACGGACAAGAUGGUGGCCCUGUGGCUGAAAGGUAUUACGGGAAACAAGGACAACCCCAGGGGAGCCAGGAGAGUCGACCCAUUCAACGCCAACAACCAACCAGAUAAGGUUUAUACUAAGAUGUACUCGAUGCCCAACGACGAACAAGCUUUGGAGCAAGACCAAGAGGGAUAGGACAGCGCAGAAGAAAGCGGCGACUGGCAAUCUCCAGAAGACGAUGACGAGGAGGAAAGUAAGGAGUCGGACGACGACGAGAUAGUCGACUCACCACCUCGCACAGAGUGUCGAUCCAAGCUGCUCAAUGAUCCAGCGGGCGGGCGUGGCAAGACCGUGGCUCCAAGCACUCAAGCACAGAAGCGCACUUGGACUUCGACUCCUGAGCCGACGGAGAAGGUCGCCAAGCAGCCCAAGGUCGUCCCCUCGAAGGCUCGGAAGACCUUGCCCAAGUUCAAGA